AUGCCAUAUGACUACCAAAGCGAGGGCGUUGUGUCGGAGGAAGGUGCAAAUCCAUUUCUCGAGCACCUUCCCCCUGAUACGCCCGUCUAUCGUUACGACCGGCAGUGCGUUAUUGAGAGCCUCCUUCCUCCGUAUUCCGUCAAGGAUCGCUUCGUUGUCAUCAAAGACUUCCCGCCAAAGAAAAUUGACAAAGACGAGGACUUACCAAGAUACUGUGAUUACUCGCGACCACAUCAAAUACUUAUCAUCAAGAUGCCCGGUCAGCCGCACGAGGAGGCAGCUGCCAGUUUCGAAAAGAUGAUCACAAUAAUUGCCAAUGACAUGCAAGUCAUUCGACGAAUUGCGUUCUGCGGAGCCACUCGAGUCAGUACCCCGGACCGAGACAAGCAGGCCGACCGGUCAUGGAAGCCAAGGCGCCAAGCGAGAAAAUUCCCUACGGUAGCCUUGGAAGUUGGCUUUGCAGAAACAACUGCGAAGCUAGAACAGGAUAUCGCUUGGUGGAUCAAUGAAUCGAGAGGCGAAGUGGGAAUGGGGAUCACGGUCGACAUCAAACGAUCUGGCUGCAUCGACAUCAAAUCCUGGAUCCCGGCAUUCGAUCCAUCCCUCCGUGACCAUGUCACAGCAAGCGGCCGCCACGUCAACAAUACCAAUAACCUUCCACCACCUCAGGUUGCCCAGAGAGUUCUCUUCAAGAGAGGAAGAGAUGAGUCCGGUUCUGCAAUUGAAGGGGGUGGCCUAACCAUACCAUUCCACACUCUCUUUUUGGAUGAACCUGGCGAAGGCGAAAGGGAUUUUGUGUUGACAGUAGAUAUGUUAUUACUUCAUUUGGCGGGAUGUGUCUGGGAUGCUAUCGACGAUGAAGAGAUCAAGGCCAGAGAGAGAGUCUACUGUUAG